AAGAUACAAAAUUCAGCUCAUUAUGAAUUCUUCGCAAGCUAACAAUAGCAAUAAUAUUUACGAAUCCAAUAUUACUACUACUGGAUUUAUUAAUAAUAAUUACAAUAAUCUUCCACAAGCGACAACUACAACUGCGAAUAUUAACUGUGAUCAUUCUUGCAGCUGCAAUAUUGGAUUUUCUGGAAUGAACGACAAUAACAAUAUUUUUUCUAUGGGCACAAGCAUUCCUUCUGAUCAACAUAUCCCCAAUAACACUCCAAGCAAUAGUUUACCUAAUAAUAAUAACAAUCAGCAGCCAAUUUUUAACGACGCUUCAAACGAUAACGCUAACACUCAAAAUUAUCAGCGACAGUCCAUGCCUAGUAACAUUUCGACUCCGCAGUUCAACCCGCAAUAUAAUAAUCCAAAUCCACCUCAGUCUAAUGUCAACUCGCAAUAUAAUAAUUUUUAUCAGCAACAAUCCAUGCCUAGCAACGGUUCGACUCCACAGUUCAACUCGCAAUAUAAUAAUCCAAAUCCGCCUCAGUCUAACGUUUUUCCUCCGUCUAAUUCUCUUGGUGCGAUUAUUAUAAAUUCCUCUCAGACAAAUAUUUAUAAUAACGCUUAAUAAAGUUGAAAAUUAUAUGUUGAUA